AUGUCGGGCCAGAAGAUUGCCAUCGUCUCCGUCUACGAUAAGACAGGUCUGCUGGAUUUGGCCAAGGGCCUCAACCAGCAGAAUGUCCGCAUCCUCGCCUCUGGCGGCACCGCCAAGAUGAUCCGGGAGUCUGGCUUCCCUGUCGAGGAUGUCUCUGCCAUCACCAAGGCCCCCGAGAUGUUGGCCGGCCGUGUCAAGACUCUUCAUCCCGCCGUUCACGCCGGAAUACUAGCAAGAAACCUCGAGUCCGACGAGAAGGACCUGGCCGACCAGAACAUCAACAAGGUCGACUAUGUCAUCUGCAACCUCUACCCCUUCAAGGAUACCGUUGCCAAGGUCAACGUCACGGUCCCCGAGGCUGUCGAGGAGAUCGACAUUGGUGGCGUCACCCUCAUCAGAGCGGCCGCCAAGAACCACAGCCGAGUCACCAUCCUCAGCGAUCCCAACGACUACGCCGAGUUCCUCAAGGAGCUCCAGGCCGGUGAGAUCACCGAGGCUAGCCGCAACCGCUACGCCCUCAAGGCGUUCGAGCACACCGCCGACUACGAUGCCGCUAUUUCAGACUUCUUCCGUAAGCAGUAUGCCGCCGACGGCAAGCAGUAUUCGGCCCUGAGAUACGGCGCCAACCCCCACCAGAAGCCUGCGGCUGCCUUUGUCAGCUCCGGUGAUCUGCCCUACAAGGUCCUUGGUGGCUCCCCCGGUUACAUCAACCUGCUGGACGCCCUCAACAGCUGGCCCCUCGUCAAGGAGCUCAAGCAGGCUCUGGGUAGGCCCGCUGCUGCAAGCUUCAAGCAUGUCUCCCCUGCUGGUGCUGCCAUUGGCACCCCCCUGACUGAGGAGGAGCGUAAGGUCUACUUCGUCAACGACAUUGAGGGCAUUGAGUCCUCCCCUCUCGCCCAGGCGUACGCUCGUGCUCGCGGCGCCGACCGCAUGAGCAGCUUCGGUGACGUGAUUGCCCUAAGUGACAUUGUUGAUGUCCCCACCGCCAGCAUCAUCUCCAAGGAGGUCUCUGACGGUGUGAUCGCCCCCGGUUUCGAGCCCGCUGCCCUCGAGAUCCUCAAGAAGAAGAAGGGUGGCAAGUACCUCGUCCUGCAGAUCGAUCCCGACUACGUCCCCUCCAAGACCGAGACCAGAACCGUCUACGGUGUCACCCUGCAGCAGCACCGCAACGACAUCGAGAUCUCUCCCAGAUCGUUCAACAGAAUCAUCACUCCCAAGGAGUCUGCACCUCUGUCCGAGUCCGCUCUCCGAGACUUGACCGUCGCCACCAUCGCCCUGAAGUACACUCAGAGUAACUCUGUCUGCUACGCCUACAACGGACAGGUUAUUGGUCUUGGCGCGGGUCAGCAGUCUAGAAUUCACUGCACGCGUCUCGCUGGUGACAAGGCGGACAACUGGUGGCUCCGCUUCCACCCGCGCGUCCUGGGCAUCAAGUGGAAGAAGGGCACCAAACGCCCGGACAAGAGCAACGCGAUCGACCUGCUGGUCAGUGGCGAGCUCCCCAAGUCCGGUGCGGAGCGUGACAUGUUCGAGGCCGUCUUUGAGGAGAUUCCCCCCGCCUUCACCGACGCCGAGAGGGAGGAGUGGCUUGCCAAGCUGACCAAUGUCGCCGUGUCGAGUGACGCCUUUUUCCCCUUCGUGGACAAUGUCUUCCGCGCAUCUCGAUCUGGUGUCAAGUACAUCGCCGCCCCUGGCGGCAGCCAGAACGAUAGUGCCGUCUUCGAGACUGCAGAGAAGCUCGGCAUUACGUUUGUUGAGCAGAACAUCCGCCUCUUCCAUCAUUAA